AUGCAAAUCAUAUCACUAACAGCCUUGUUCUUGCUACUAUCGUCAUUUCUCGUCACCUAUACAACCCAUGCAGCACCGGUAUCCAUCAAGCGUCGUGAAGAUGAUGAUGAUGACGAUGGUGGUGAUGAUGAUGAUGGCGGAAAAACAUACCAUGGCCAAGCUACGUGGUUUGUCCCAGCCGACGAAGGUGGUCCUAUCGGUGCAUGUGGAGAUCAUGAAGAUAGCGACUCGCUCAUUGUUGCCUUGAAUCAUGACCAAUAUGGUGAUAUGGAUGCAAAGAGCUCCUGGUGCGGAAAAAAAAUUCUCUUGAAAGGUCCUAAAAGCUCCAUGGAGGUCACCAUCGUUGAUGCUUGCCCUGGAUGCGAUUAUGGAUCACUUGAUUUAACUCCUAGAGUGUUCAAGCAUGUUGUUGGCGAUCUAGAUAAGGGUGUUGGGAAGAUUUCCUGGCACGAAGUAUAA